UGUAAGAAUUGUAAAACUUCAACAACACCAUUAUGGAGAAGAGAUGAAACUGGACAAGUUUUAUGUAAUGCAUGUGGAUUGUUUUUGAAACUACAUGGACGUCCAAGACCAAUUUCUCUUAAAACAGAUGUGAUCAAAUCAAGAAAUCGU